CUUUUCUCAUGUAUCGCGAUCGGUUGGUCAGUGCAGAAAGGAUCUACACAUACACACCAUCAGCACGCCGACUCUAUCACAGCCUUGACUGCAUACCCCCGGCCACCACAAGGCACUCCCCAGUGACAUACGCCGCGUCACACGAACACAGGAAUGCGGCCGGCCCUGAGCGCAGGAAGGAGACCAACAAACGACACCCAUGACACACACGCCGACCGUCCACUCAGCUCACCGCAUUGCCUACCAGCGAUAUCAUCCGCUUCGGCGAGGCGCUUGAGGAACGUCCUCUGUAUGGAAAUGUCGGCCGUCGAGUCCUCCUCCCACACUGGUUGAUUGCAACACACACACAUGGACACGCCGAACAGUGUCUGCAGGCGAUCUGAGUGAUUGCAUGUGUGAGUCCCUCACGUGCCGACGAGAAUCGUGUCUUGACGACGCCAGGUGCGAUGCAGUUGACGCGGAUGCCCCGCUCACCAAGCUGCACACACACACGCCACACCAAGCCACGCCAACCAUCGGUUGGGAAAGCAAAGACAGGCACACCUGAUGGGCGAGUGCCUUGGUAAGGCCCAGCAGGGCCGUCUUGGUGACGCCGUAGAUGGCUAUCGGGUCGGCCGGCUGGAAGGCCAGAUAGGACGACACAAACAAGAUCGAGGCGCCAUCCGCCAGAUGAGGCACCGCAUCCUGGAUCAGGAAGAAACCUAUCAGCAAAGCAUACAUACCGACAGUCAGCUGGACGCGACUCGUGUCUGUCUGUCUAUCAGGUUGUCUGCUCACUGCUUUUGAGGUUGGUUUCCAUCAUUUUGUCGUAUGCCGUCUCGUCUGUAUCCAACACGGAACCCAUAGCGGUUGACGCUGCGGCGUUGGACACCAACACAUCGAUGCGACCCUUCCUGCACACACACAUUCAUUGGUUCAUUCAUUCGUUCAUUUAUGGAGAGAUUCGCGAAUCUGUGCAUAUAUCCACCCACGCACCAUUCGACAGCAGCUUGCACCAGGCGUUGCCUGUCCUCCCUCUUGGCCACAUGGCAGGCCACCCCCCUGACGCUCAGGCCCUCCCGCUGCAGAGCCACCACUGCCUCGUCAACGUUCUUGGCUUUGCGAGAACUGAUGACCACGUCGGCACCCUCCUGAGCCAGCCGCCUCGCAAUGACGUAGCCGAUGCCUGCGAGAACCAACAGCACAGCACAAACGAGGCCACGGCAAUCGAUGGGUCUGCCUCUGUCCGUGUUGCACGUGUGCAUGUGUUGUCCUUACCAGCUGUGGAUGCUGUGACGAUUGCCAGCUUGCGCCUGCACCACACGAGGCGCAACACACGCUGUCCAUUUCUCACGCAGCACAGCCACGAGGAGGUGCACACACGAAAGCAGUUCUCAAACGUGAUCUCAUCUAACCUGAAUCGGCUGCAGUUGCAAGCGCUGUUGGUCUGCAU